AUGCCCGGACCCCGGCGGACUGGUUCGGCAUCGCACCACGUCGAAGCGGCCACCGCACACCUGAAGUUUCGACUCACGAACGUCGGAUAUCUUGCCUUUGACAACUGCACUCAGGAACCGCAGAAACGGCCCUCAACCGUGGGCGUUCAUCUCGUCAAAAGCACGGACACCGGCAACCCUACCAGCAGUUCCUGCAACGAUUCAUUGUUCCGCCGUAUUCCCGCCCAACAUGAGUCGCGCAGCCAGGGCAGAGAGAUGCCAGCCUGCUACGGUGCUACCAACAGACAGGACCCUGGGCUGGGCCACGUAACGGUGCCCAUGAGCGCACCCCCCUCCCAUUUCCCUCUCGCUGUGAUCGACCCCCGGCUCGAACCCCCAAUCUCCAUCUUCGGUGAAGCCCUAUGA